AUCGGGAGAUAUGGACGCCCCACCAAUGUUCAACAGCGUCGAGGAUGAGUGCAGAUAUUGGAAAGAGCGUUCCAAGCAAUACCACAAAGAAUGGACAGACGUGAAACAGGAGUACGAUGAGUUUGUCGAACAGUCACGCGAAAUGGAAAUAGAAAUGGACGCCACUCUGGAGCAAAAACAGAGUAUUAUCAAAGAUCUCAGAGCCAGGCUUAAUAUGUUUGAGAAAGAAAACGAUUCCCUUAAGCUCAAGCUGGACUCACACUGCAUUGAUAUGUCCAAUAUGGAGAAGCAGUUGGAUACAGUGAGAAAGGAGCGCGACUCCAUGAAGGUAUACCUGCGGCAACUGGAGCAGAAGAACGACGACCUGGAGCGUGCCCACCGCAUACUCAACGAGAGCAUAGAGAAUUUUGAGAAGAUGUUGGAUCAAGCAUACGAAAAGAAUGCUCUCCUCGAGCUGGAGGUGGACGAAAAGGGUGUACUGCAGGAGAAGCUGCAACGGCUAAUGGAUGAGACGAGAGAUCUCAAACAAGAGCUCAAUGUGAAGACGCGCUACACGCCAGCGAAUGGCACCAGCAACCCCACAGCAGUAGGCACCAUCGCUGCCAACAGCACCAUGAACUCAUCCGCCUCUUUACCUAAUGGCAUUUUGGUCAACGGCGAUGUGACGCAUCCAUACGUCGACAACACCGUUGCCACAAAAGUCACCAGCGUCAGCGUCAGUGCUCUCAACGGCAGUUUAGUUAAUAAUAAAAACGAAUAUAAUCAACAACAUUCGCUUAAAAAUCCCGAGAACCUUAUCAAUGGCAAUUCCAUGAAUGCCAGCUCCCGCACAACGGCGCUCAACAUUGUGGCCGACAUGUUAAGAAAACUAAACGCGAUGGAGACGAAGCUGAAGACAUAUCGCGAGCAUGCACCGCCCAUGCAGCCGCGCCAAAGAUCAUCCCAGCAGCCGAAUCAUCCAGGAAUGGCUGGUCUGGCCUGCCUCUCGCUGGAUGCGGAAUAGUCCCAGCCACCAUCACCAUCACGAUCACCAUCCACCUCCAGUCCAGAGUUUAGUGGGGGAUAUAUUGUUCAGUUGGCUUUACGUUUACGUUACGUUAAUGUUAUCGUUGGCAAUUAUUUUCUACCUGCUGCCGCCGCUUCGUUUAUUAUUAUUUAUUUCACAUAACUUGACUUGUAAAAAUUCGAAAUUACACAACAGUUGAUGUUGUCCUUUCAAGCCCAACAAACCUAUAGAAUGCCUUAGUACGAAUUAAGAAGUAAACAGUAUACUUAAGCUAGGUCCGAUUCGGUUCCCUCUUUUAGUUGGUGUUCCACGCGAAGGCAUACAAUGUGUUUAGAGAAUAAGAUGAUGGAAGAUUAAUGGUAUCCCCACAGGCCCACAUAGACGAAGCUCUGUCCAAGUAUUAUGCUUCAUGUGGACAGCGAUAACACAACAAAAAAAAAAAAACAAAACCCGAAACAACAAAUACUCGUAGCGUUUAGGAAAAAAGACAAACCACAAACCUACCCCUUCUGACUAGACACGGCUUCGUUGCCUGUCGUAUCCCGGCUGCUUCUGGCGCCUGGCCGUGUCGCCGAAACUUUAAUAAUCUUAUACCAUAGUUAUAUCUAUCCCAGAGCUAUUUUCUGUUUAUAUUUACCAUCGAAUAUAAAUGUGUAAAAAUGCAAAAAACAAAUCUGUUAAAAGCAAAUGUAUAAAGAUAACAAUACAAACCACAAAUAAAGAGGAUUCUAAUUAGUUUUGAA